AUGAAUCAAGUUGCUUCUUCAGCUGAAACUGUGCUGGACCAGGACUUCUCUUCCAUGGAUCUGGAUGAUAUGCUGGGCCUUGAAGAGACCCCAAGGUUUUGCCUGGAAAAAUCUUCUUCAUUCACUUCUCCAAACCCACCCAGGCAAUCGAGCUUUCGGAGCCAGCGGAGUCUUCCAACCCGCAAUGUAUCAUUUGGAAAAUGCGAGAUCCGAGUGUACGAGCGAAUUCUGUCCCUCAACCUUCCAACUCAAAUUGGAGGCCCAUCUCUUGGUCUUGGAUGGGGCUAUAUCGAGAAGAAAUCUGUUGACCUGGAUAAAUUUGAGACCAAACGAGCCUUCCAAUGGAGCACACUUCGUCGGACUCCCAAGGACAUUGUCAUGUCUCCAGAAAAAAGGGAGAAAAUGGCUCGAAAGCUUGGCUACUCUUCCCACGAGAUUGAGCAGAACAUCAAACUCAUUAGAAAAGUGCAAAAGCAGCGUGAGAAGACUGCAAUUGAUGCUUUAACAAGGCUGAUGUAG